UGAGCUAGAUGUUUAUAUGGCACCCGAUAGAUAUUUAGAGUAUGUGAGAUGUCAGGUAAUGGUACUUACCUACAAAAUGGGAAAUUCCUGUAAAUUUGCCAGAUUUAUUCUUAAUAAUAAAUUUGAAAGUUGUUUUCUUUGAAAGUUGGUUCUAAGAAGUAUGUAACAUAUUAGAUCUUUUAUUAGUAUAGGUAGUUCAUAUCUGUAUGAAAUAAAGGUCUCUAGGGUAAUACAAAGCUCAUUCAGUGAAGGAACAAUGCACAUAAAAUUUGCCUCUGAAAAAAAGCCUCUGAUGCAUGAAAGGCACAGUUUAUAGUUGCAAGUGAACUAUUAAAAGGUAGAGUUAAUGAUUUGGAUGCAUUUACGUAUCUUUUUAUUGGCAAUGAAGUCUUGAUUGCUGUUGUUUCAUUUUCUGAAAGGUAUUUACUAUAUCCUCAUUUAAGCUUGGUUUAAUUUUGUUACAGUGGGUGUAAACAUGAAAUUUCUAGUGAUGUUUGGCAGGCUAGUUCCAUACAUAUAUCCAUAAAGCUGACUAGCAAUAUAAAAAACCUCUCAUCAAAGCAACUUUCUAAAACUUUUUUACUUCAUGAUUUGAAAACUUUGUCAAAUGAGUCAGCCAUGACCCAGCCAUGUGAAAAGAUAGAAACCUAAAUAAUUGGUUUCAAUGAUGUUUGUACUGAUUUUCUUCUUAUUUUAGAUCAUGGGGGAGAGCUGUUACGGAGGAGUUCGUGUUAUUGUCAUCUUCUUCAACUUCAUUUUCUUUCUAUCUGGAUGUGGUAUUUUAUCAUUUGGUAUUUACGUCCAGAUUGAGAAGGGUGAUUAUGCUGCAGUUUCAACAACUAGAGGACUUACUGCUUCUCUCUUGUUAAUUAUUGCUGGCUUUAUCACAGCCGUCAUUUCUUUCUUGGGUUGUCUUGGUGCCUACAAGAAAAUCAGAACUCUGCUGUGGAUUUUUGUGGUAAUGAUGGCCUUGAUUGUGAUCUUAGAGAUUGCUGCAUUGGUUCUUGCCAUAGUUUAUCGUGGAAAAUUAAAAGAUGAACUGCGUGAAGAUAUGACUGCCUCUUUGGAAGAAUAUGGACUGGAAGAUCAAGAUGGAAUCACGGAUGGAUGGAAUUGGAUACAGAGAAAGUUUGAAUGUUGCGGAGUAAACGACUCUCUUGACUGGGCGAGACAUCCCAAUAAAGUCAAUAAAAACGGGAGUCAUAACGUUGUCCCUGACAGUUGCUGUGUGGUUGAGAAAAAGGAUUGUGGUGAUCCUUACAAGUACUCCAAUCAAACUAUCAUUAAUGCUAUCUACACCAAGGGGUGUUUCAAUGAACUCAGAGACUUUUUGGAAAAUAAUCUUUUGGUUAUUGGAGUAUUGGCUGCUGUCUUUGUGGUCAUUGAGCUUGUGGCCAUGGUUCUUGCCUUCCUUCUGUUGAGUUAUUUCAAGGAGAACGGACAGUUCGUGUAAGAAAGCUCCCAUCAUGAUAUUAUUGGAAAUAGAAUUAUUGCUGAUUUACUUUAUGAAGACUUGUCGGAUUUGAUCCCGCCAUUGAUGAUAAAAGUCACCCAGGCCACCCGCUCUUUCUGUUUUCAUUACGUCAGGAUUCUUAUUAUAAAAGAAAAAAAUUCUAGUACGUUGUUCCUAUAUUUUACAAAAAAUGUGUUAAAAAUAUCAAAAGGUCACUGCUAGUUCUUGCAAGGUGUGUUUGAGUAAAAACGUAUCGAUUGAAACCUUUACCAGUUAAAACCGGCUCUUGAAAUCUUCGCGUAUUAAGAAUUAUUCCACUAUUAUAAGACUUUGACAUUAUUAUUUUACAAUCCGCCAUUAUUCUGUUCAUCAUCAGCAUCUUAAUAGUUUUAAAAUAAUGCUGCAAAAACGUCAUAAUGGCUAAAGUCUGUUUGAUGUGAGUGAGAUUGCAUGGACAAUUUUAAAAAAUGAAUUGCAUAAAUUUUCAUCAAAAUGAUCAUUAUCGUUUUAUCUUGUUUACCAGUUAUUAAUAUGUUAUUAUAUAAUUAUAAAUGUACCCUAUUGUUAUUGUAUAUAAUAUUAUAAUAUAUAUCCUAAACUUAGAUCCGUUUACGGUCAAUAAUAAAUCA